AUGGAGCUUCAUGACGUGGGUGGCGUGCGCAUCAAGGACCGCCGUGUCGCCUCCGGAGAUCCGCUCAUCGACUGUGACGUGAUCGACAUGUAUGUCCGCAUGAACCUGGACAAGAUCAUCGAGAUCAACGACGUGAAGCAGACCUUCAAGGCGCAGUACUACUUCGAAGCCUCGACACGAGUCCCAACCGCGGACAAGAAACGGGUGCAGGAGGUGAGGGCCUUCUUGGAGAAGUUUACUGAUCCGAACAACCUGGUCGUUGAGAACAUGGUGGAGCCCUUGGCCGGCCCCCCAUCAAAGCCCAAGCUCGAGGAGAAGAUGGACGCCAAGGGUGCCACCCACAAGAUGAGCCUUACUUGGAAGAUCGCGGGUGAGUUUUCGGAGUGUCUGGAGCAUCAGAGGUUUCCCUUCGAUUGCCAAGAUCUCACUCUGACGCUCUGCUUCUGGAACGCUUGCAGGGAGGACAAGUUGCAGUUUCGCUUCAUUGACUCGAAGAACUCCUCGGUGAUCCUGAACAAUUUCCACUUGGGUAACACAUGGACGCGGCCCUUUCAAAACCGGCUGUACAUCCACACGGAGUUCACCAACGAAGAGACGCACAAAGUGAACAAGAAGUUCCCACUUCUUAAGGCCACCGUGCAGCUGCAGCGCAUCCCCUCCUUCUACAUGUGCAACAUCUUGCUUCCAAUGUUCGCGUUGGUGUGCCUAAGCGCCGCUUCCAUGGCCAUUCCGAACGAUCUCAUUGGGGAUCGUUUGUCGACUUCAGUGAUGCUUAUCCUGACGGCCGUGGCUUUCAAGUUCAUCAUCGCUCAGAUGGUCCCGAAGAUCGGAUACAACACGGGGCUUGACUGGUACGUGCUCGUUUGCUGGUUCUUCCUCGGGCUCAUUGUGGCGGAAAAUUGCUUGGCAACGCAUCACCUCCACAAUACGGAGCUCGUGGUGGCCGUGAUCAUCUACUUCGGGUUCGCGACGGCUAAUGUCUUCUUUGCGAUCAAGGCUUGCUACUCCUACUUCCGCCCGAAGUCAAAGCUCACCCCCCUUCUCAGUUCCUGUGACGAUGCCACCUCUUUCGAACCUUAUGACAAGAGCAGGAACCCACAGGCUUCCGAAACGAAAUGUGCGAAGAUCCCUUGCAUCCCCGGAUACUAG